AAAUAAUCGAGGUUAAUCUUUGGAGGAAUUUGGAUUGUAUUUUUCAUCAUCAAAAGGACAUCAUCUUUAUACAAAACAACAAAUAAUAUAAACAAUGGAUCCACGUUUGCAAAGACUUAUUAUGCAACAAAUGGGUGGUGGAGGAGGUAUGCAAGGUGAUCAACCUCUUCCCGAUACAGCUGAAACAGUUACAAUUAGUAGUUUGGCUCUCCUUAAAAUGUUAAAACACGGUCGUGCUGGUGUUCCUAUGGAAGUCAUGGGUUUAAUGUUGGGAGAAUUUAUUGAUGAUUAUACAGUUCGUUGUAUUGAUGUUUUCGCCAUGCCACAAAGCGGUACUGGUGUCAGUGUCGAAGCUGUUGAUCCAGUCUUUCAAACUAAAAUGUUGGAAUUAUUGAAACAAACAGGAAGACCAGAAAUGGUUGUCGGAUGGUAUCACUCUCACCCUGGUUUUGGAUGUUGGUUGAGUAGUGUCGAUAUUAAUACACAACAGUCAUUUGAAUCCCUUACUAAACGAUCGGUAGCUGUAGUUGUUGACCCUAUUCAAUCAGUGAAGGGUAAGGUUGUUAUCGAUGCUUUCCGUACUAUUAAUCCACAAUUGGCCAUGUUUGGUCAAGAACCACGUCAAUCAACAAGUGUCCAAGGUCAUUUGAAUAAGCCAACUAUACAAGCUUUGAUUCACGGUUUGAAUCGUCACUAUUACUCAAUGCCAAUUUCUUAUCGUAAGAAUGAAUUGGAACAAGAAAUGUUAUUACACGUUCACAAAAAGACUUGGACUGAAGGUUUGAAAUUAGUUGAUUUCCACGAACAUGAAAAGGAAACUGAAAAGACAAUUAAGAGUAUGGUUCAAUUAGCAAAGACUUAUAACAAGAUGGUUCAAGAAGAAGGAAAGUCCUCUAGAGAAGAAUAUCAAUUAGCCAAUGUUGGUAAAUUAGACUCCAAGAGACACUUGGAAAACAGUGUUGAAACUUUGAUGGGCUCUAACGUCAACCAAACUCUUGGUAUGAUGCUUAACACUAUCAUUUUCUAAAUACUAUCUCUUUUUAAAACUCAAUAAACUGUAUCAUAAAAUCCAUUUUGUAC